AUGGGCGUGUCUACAAGUAACGUGACCACUGAACAAUCAAAUGGUCAGGAGCAAUAUAAUACAUCUAAUGGUUUAACUCUGACGUCACAUGCGCAAUUUACGUCAUACAGACACGACCAGCCACUUCCAGACUAUAACAGUGCUCCUAACGAGCGAGAAAAUUCACUUCCUACCUAUGGAGAACUUUAUCCCGAGGAAGAAUACAUCGAUGAGGGAACAGAAAGGGAUUCCGCUACUGCCGACAACCUGCCGGAUGAGAACGGAUAUAACGGGCUGGAUAACGUGGCACAUUCUACAUGCUUUAGUCAGAGACAAUCUUCUCGUAUACACGUAGAGAGAGACGAGGGUGAGGGAUGUAUAGAGACGAUCCCAGUACAAUCACAGGUUGAUGAUUCAAACAACGUCAAUCAACGGGGAGCAUUAGAGGAGGUUCCGUCCAAUACCGAGGGCGAGAUUGGAAAACGUUACAAGUGUGUUGCCAAACGAAUGUCGAAAACGAAAAAACACAGGAAGGUGUUUGAUAGUGAGAUUGAUAACCUGCGGAUUAUCCCACAAGAUUACCCGCCACCACGUCCCUCUAACACCCGUAAGGCAGAUAUAGCUACAUCAGACCUGUAUACCGACCCCGAUUGCAAGGCUGAACUUGUAACACCAGAAUCGGUGGAGACAGUAGAAAUCCUAUUAGAUGAGCUAACUGGAGAGUUCCAAAAGGAGGUACAAAGAGUACGAGCAAUCCUGAUGUGGAUCUGGUACCACAGGAGUUAUGACCUGACCUUCAGACCAGACAAGUGCUCCCCAAUGGGGUAUCUGAAGCGACUACACUCUGGCAGUAUUUCUUACUCCGAAUUGUUUACAUUCUUAUGCAGAAAGGCCAACAUUCCAUGUGUACUGGUGGAUGGACUAGCUAAGGGUAAACAGUACGAAGUAGGGAAGGAGAGCCUGACUAACCUGACCAACACAUGGACAGCGGUUUAUGUAACCGGUGGCUGGAGGCUCGUGUUUCCAUUAUGGACACUUUCAAAUGAAGCAGAUAUAGGAGAGAAUUCUACUGAAGUAAUGGACACUGAUAGCUUCGUGAAUGAAUUCUUCUUUCUCACGGACCCAGAUGAGUUUAUCUUCAGGUGUUUUCCUUUUAAAACCGAUUGGCAGCUUCUCCAAUAUCCUUAUUCCAAAGAGCAAUUCAAAAGACUUCCAUAUGUCAGCUCACAUUAUUUCGAAAGUUAUAUUCAACUACCAGCAUCCCAAGACGGUACUGUACAGGCCAGUCGUGGCUAUUAUAAAAUUAACCUCACUCUGAAACAGGGACGGGAAGAAGAUGCUAAACUUUCCUCAGUCAUGACAUUUGACAGAGACGUGUCGAAUGAAGAUCUCCCCGCAAACAUUGAUCUCAACAGAUAUGUUGCCAUUAUACACAGUAAUAAAACUCGGAGAGUGAACGUAAGGUUACCAUGUAAUGGUGUUUUUAGACUAAAAGUAUCCGACUCCAAACGAGGCUGGCUUUGUUCAGUCCGCAUUGUUUCCCAGAAGUCAACAGUAAUAAGGAAUGGCUUUCCAGAACACCCAGUGCUAGACUUUGGACCGUGCAUCAGCACUUUGGAUGCUGGACUCGUUCCUAACUCUCAUAUAAGCGGGAUUAUCAAAACAAACGUGAAUCAAGAGUUAAUUGUGACCUUUGACAUAACAGAAGAAAUUUUAGUUAAGACGCAACUGUUCGACAGUAAAAAGGAGGUCAGUCAAUAUGUCACACAUAACAUAUAUGACAACGAACUGAUUAUACGAGUAAAAGUACCGAUGAGUGGGGAGUAUGCUUUAGUUAUCCACUGUCAACCCAAUCAUUUAAAUAAACCAUACACCGUGGCCUGUAAUUAUCUCCUUACUACAGAGAAUGUACAAACUCGGUUCCGGGAGAACCCUGUCAAGAGGAAAGCGAGAGAAAGGCUUGUGUUUGUCACAAAGAAAACCAAUAACCCCGAAGUACUUCAACAAGUAUUGAAUGCCUUUCAGUUGCUGAACAUGACUGAUAAAGGGGAGCUUGAUCGAGCUACUGAAAAAUUAAACUUUCUCAGAAUCAAACAAGAGUUAACAGAGGGUAUGAAGCGCAAGAAUAAACAGAUCCUUCUAAAUGCCAUCGUUAAAGCAAAAGAGUGUAAAAGCCACCAAGAAGAACUGUUACCUAGUGUCACAGAAGCUGAAGCCUGUCUAAGCGGUCUGUCGGCACCUUCGCUCCGACACAGCGUACUUAGCAUGGGACGCCAGACUGUGUCUGAAAUAUCUGGGUACAAGAAACCAAGGCCUCUUGUCCACGACAUCAUGAAGGCUACCAUGAUAUUAUUAGGAGAAUCUAUCUCAGAUGUAGAGCAUUGGCAGAAUAUCCAGAAAUAUAUGAAGAGGUCAGGCAAAAACGGAUUUUUGAACAAAAUCAAAAGGUUUGAGAUUAGUGGAGUAACAGUGGAAAGAGCAGAGACUGCAUACCAGAUGAUAAUUCAGUAUGAUCAAGUGUCGGCGAUUAGUGGAGGAAGUGCCGGGGUAGGGACAUUCUAUGUGUGGGUAACAGAUGUGACGGAACGUGUUCUCGGAAUAGGCAGCUCUAAAUGCCUUUAG